CAACAGAGCCAGUCCGUAUACUUGGUUGAAUAAUGAGGCAUGCUAUGUCAUGAAAGUGUUGUGCUCUCAUCAGUUUUUUCAAUGUUCUCUCCUCUUGCAAGAGGAACUGCUUAUUCUGAUGGUGGGAUAAGACUUGAGAAAGAUUUUGAAAACCAGUACAUCGAAGACCAACUUCUCCCUCAGCUGUUUCUCAAGUCAAAUAAUCAGGCUAGCAGGUCAUGUUCAUUUGAUUCUGCUAGCAAUGGACAGAUUCUUUUACCAAAAACUUUUGUCACCCGUAAGGGUGCAUUGCUCCUGUUCACACCCUCCGAAGAGUUGUUAAUAGAUGAUGAUGAUGUACCAAAGAAGCCACCCAAUGUAUAUGAUGAUGGCCUCAAGCUUGGGACUGUUGGCAACCUUGCUAGCUCUGUUCUAGAGUUUGGAAAAGAGGAGGAGCGAGCAUGGGAGGGUGUACCCAGCACCCCUACCAAUCAAGGGCCACAUCCUAUCACAGACAGGAAGAACUUCUUGCGAUUCCUUCACUACCUUGACUCACAGUGCUUGACAGCAGACAAGUAUGCUCAACCAGGCUGCGACCCAGACUUCUACCUUGAGGAACUUAGAAACAAGUCAGGGGCACAGGGUUCCCAGCGCAGAUUCGGUGCAAAUACACCUUACUCAACUCGUACCUACAGCAGCUUUCUCGAAGAUGACGACAUGUCUGAUAUUGUUCGAGAAUAUGUUCGGUAUAGCCGACUGCACGCCGAACCAUCUACGACAACUCACGACGAUCAGAGAAAAGAAUAUGACGAUGAUGCACAGGAUGCCGAAUAUGACGAAUAUCCCGCGGGUAAAACCCAGUCAAGAUACCCUCACCGAUCUGUAUCUUUGACACCAAGUCAUGGUCACCAUGGAAAGGCCAACCAAAGCUGGAGACAGGAGUUCUACGUACACGAUGACUCAGGUCAUGGUCACCAUGGAAACGAUGACUCAUUCAGGCCCAGGACUGCUCCGCUGCCUCCUGCCCCUGAAUCCCCAAGGGCCAACCCGCGUAUCACUAGUGGUAGAGCUCCACCAAAACGACCUUUGGGUUCCACACCGGAUAACCUGGACGGCAUUCUGCAUGCUGACGUGGGUCUAGGGCGCUAUCAGCGAAAAGGUCCACCUCCCCGCCUCAAGUUCUCGCGGAACUCCUCUCCAGCGCUUUUUCCAGCAUCCUCCAUGUGCGAAAAUUCCUCGCUCUCAUUUUACCCGGCAUCCUCUCGUGGUGGAUCCCCAGACUAUGACGUCAUGCCACGAUACGAGACGCCAGGAGCCAGGUCGGAGGACUGGGGCCGAGCAGCUGACGUCAUAAAAGAAGUAGACGAGUAUUCCCAGGUCUCUAGCCGACGGGAUACAAGCCGGCCAGUCAGCGCUGUCUCCUGUAUAAGCCACCCAUCAAGCCACGGGAAGCAGACCAGUAGGCGAGACUCAUAUGAUGGUGGCGAGGAAGAUGCGCGCAUGCGGUGCGAUGUGUCAGCGGUUAGUGGCAGUUUAUCCAGCGUGUCGGGACACCCCCAGAGCAUAUCGGGAAAGUCUUACGCCCGCAGUUUCUCCCGGGGGUCACGUGACUUAUCGGAAGUGACAUCUAAACGCCCGAACUCAGCUAUUUUGUCCAAAGGCGAAAGGGAACCCAGAGCGCGAGUAAAAUCUGCCCCAUCAGACAGUCAACACAAGCAACCCAGCAUUUUAACUCGUCCCUCAUCGGCGGCUCAACGUGAGACUAGGACUGUAGGUAGCCCCAGUCCCUCGACCAAGACCGAAAUCAGUGAUAGUAGAAGGGCUUGGCCAGCUCCUGCACAAUACUAUGCUGAUUCACGGUGUGUAUCAUGGACGCAAGAUUCUAAGCCCCCUUCUUCGGCCUGCAGUGCUGUUUCACAUCAGACAGUGCGUGCUCAAAGCGGAAGCCAAAAGUCGCAGCGUAAACAGUCAGCGGUAGCCUCCAGAGCAAAUAGUCAAAGUUCUUUAGCCGAGGGGGCUGGGGAUCCAAGCGCAUUUCAGGCUGUGGCAGGGGACGUGGACGGUACCUUGGCAACGCUUGGAAGCGAAGUUGAUAUGUAUGACGUGGAAUUCCAUCCUCGUGACCAGCCCCUCGAGGAGAGCGGCUCAGAUUUGGCGGAUGAAGACUGGGAUAACAAGGCUGAUGCUUACUGGCCAAAAGAAGUCGCGGAGAGACUGGAAGAGAGUGGAGACGAGGCUGGCUAUGGAAGCGCUGCAGAGGAGGUAGCAAUCGACCUUCCGGCUACCCCAAGUCUUGCAGGCUCAGGAUUUUUCCAACUCAACGCCCAUUGGACUCCAGUACCCGCAGAUGACUCGUUAGAAGAACCCGUACGUGUACCGUCGGAGACUGGGGCGACGGGGUUCCAGUCUCGCUCACCCUCGCCCACACGUCUGCUCGUCCCAGGCCCUGCACCUGAUGCUGAUGCUGAGGAUGACGAUUCUGUGUUGUCAGCGGACAUCGCCAUCAACUGGCCUCCAAAUACGCCAUCAUCGCCUCCACCUCUUACACAAGAGCCCAAAAUGCCAGCGGACUCACUUCAAGUGACAGGCGCGAGGCCGAUGAGCUCACUGUCUAUCUAUCAGGAAAAUAUAGAAAUCGAAAAGUCUCGUCCUCAGUCUCCAUUAACUGAGGAAGAGAAGCAAAAGCCAGUCUCGGUUGGGGAGGCUGUUGAGAGAUACCUGGAGACUGGGCGGGAGCCUCAAAUCCGAUCCAGGUCUGCGCGAAGUAGAAGAACAUCGGAGACUGGCGACGAGGUUAAUGUAGAAGAACCAUCAAAACCGGCAAAGCAGCUUAAGAACUUGUAUCCAAAACCGGCUGCUCCUGAAAUACAAGUUAACCAGCUUAAGGAAAGCGCUUCCAAGAAAACUGACUCAGCCCCAAGUAAAACAAAAACAGGGGUAGAGAAAACUCAAGAAAAUAUUGAACCUUAUAAGGUAUCUAAAGAUGUCCCCAAGAUGGCGGAAAUCACGGACCCUUUUGAAAAUAAACUGAAAAAUGAGUCACGGGAUGCGAUGAGCUUGAAUCUGGGGAGAAGUCCCCCGAAACCAUCACAGCGUACAGACGCAGAAAGCGAGAAACGCAGAGAGUAUGUCAAUAGCCUUCUCAUCAAGUCUGAGCCCCAGGUCGCGCGCGGUCAUCUCGAGCUGGAAAGAGUUGGUAAAGAGGGUGGCGUGACAAGCGAGGCAGCCUCUGUUAGCAUCAUGUCACGUCCCGCGGAGCAGUCUGGGAAGAAAGAGGUCAAGAAAAAUGAUCUGUCGGAUUUGGCGUCUCUUGUAAGCAGGAAUAAGCCUAGCGCAAAGGAAAAAGAAAAGAAAGAUACCAAAAAGAAAAAGACACAAAAAUCAGCCAAGAAAAAGGAAAUCACGGUCGACCCGAACAACAUCGAUCUUCACGUGUUCACCUCUCCAGACAUGAUAGAACACAUGGAUGACGAGCUGAAAGCAUUUAUACAACAGGAAAAGGGACUUGUUCCGGACGCCGGACAGACCAGUGAGUCGGCAGCAGUGCAGACGAUGGAGAUGGCUCAAGUGGCGCCAAAGGUGGCACCGGCAAAGAAAGAUGCUUACUCGCCGUCCAAGCCAAAGAAGCCAACGAAGCAGGAGCUGGCGAAAAAGCGUGCAGAUGCGCGCAAAGCCGAGAAAAAGAGAAAGGAGCAAGAGAAGAAGAGAAAGGAGGAGGAAAAGAGGAUUAGAGACGAGGAGCUGAGGCUAUUGAAGGAAAGGGAGGAAGAACAAGCUCUUGCCCGCGCGCAGGCUGAAGCCAAACAGCAAGCGAUCGAAGAAGAAAAGGCCAAAAGGCUGCAAGACGAAGACCAAGCGCGCAGAGAAGAAGAACAAGCACAGGAGAAGCUCAAGGACGCCAAGCGCAAAGCUCGGGAAGAGCGCGAGUCUCGUCGAGCGGCCGAGGCCGAGAGGAGACGCCUUGAGGUUCAGAAGAAACGAGAAGAGAAGAAAAAACGAGAAGAGGAGAUGCGCGAGAAGGAGAAAGAAAUGGAACAGAACAAGAUUGACCAGGAGAAGAGGAAGCAGGAGUUGAUGGAGUCCAGGAGGUUUCAGGAGGAGCAAGAUCGCUUGGAGGAGGAGCGAAGACUCGAGGAAGAGAGACUCCGUCAGCUUGAGGAAGAGGACGAGCAGCGGAGACUCGAGGAGGAGCAGAUUCGCGAGGCAGAGGAGGAGUUGAGACGACUUCAAGAGGAGAGGGAGUAUCGCGAGCAGAUGCGGAAGAUCGCCGAGGCCAGGGAACGCAAGCUGCAGGAAGAAGAGGAAGAACGCCGGCGACAGGAAGAGGAGCAAUUACGCGCGAUAGAAGAAGAGAGGCGACGCUUGCAAGAAGAGGAAGAACGAAAACUUCGCGAGGAGCAAAAACGCGUGGAAAUGGCGCGAAGGCUCGAGGUCGUAGCACGCAUGCGCGCAGCCCAGGAGGCGGCACGGCGCAAGACGACGUUGCUAAGGCGACGAGAGGAAAACAUGGAUCGUAUGCGCCACCUUAGGUCCACCCGGCAAGAGCAGUCACUAACGAGGCCUUAUACAUUCACAUAUUAUGUACAGGUGCCCAGGCAAGUAUGGGAGCUACCCCUUGGAUUCAAUAAACAGAAAAAGGGUGGAUUUAGACCAGCUAAGAAGAAAACGCAGCCAAAACAGGCGUAACCGGCGUAGCGCAGUUAAGAGAUUCUGUCUUAAAGAAGCAUCUCGUUAAACCAACCGAGGAAACAUGUAAAGAUGCGAAAAAAUGUUUCACUGAUUGGCUUUAAUAAUUAUAAGGGUGGACGUAUAACCUCCUAAAAAGAGACGGUAGCUAAACCUCAGACUAUAUCAGAUUAUACAAUUUAGAUAUAGUUUUUGAAACGGAAAUUAGACAGGGGCGGGUCAAGAGCUUUUUCAAUGGGGAGGGUUUGAUUAGCCUGGCUUGGCAUAAAUGAGAAGGGUUGGUUUAGCAUGGCAUAAAUGGGGAGGGUUGGGAUAGCCUGGAUUGGUACGAGGCUUCAUUUGUUUGUUGCAGACUUGACUUUUUUCUACUAAGCAAGAGGGGGGAGGGGGGGGAUCGGACAGCCAGAUUAAUUUCAUCCGUCUUGCUGUAUUGGUGUAGCGACGCCCUUCAUUCUCAACAAGGGAUGGUAUUAUUGUGUCGAUCAUUCUCGAAUUGGACAUUUUACGAGACGCACUUUUUAUAAUCUUCAAAAUUUAAAUUGACUUGUUUCUUAGCUUGAUUAGCAACUGUUCUUUGUGUCUCGCACAAAUAUACCUCGUCCCCAGGGUCGUUUAGGAAAAUCUGGGGCCUAAUGAGGCUCGUUAGUAAUUCUUUAUAGCAUGUUUUUCAAUUCACUCGUUAUAGUUGUCUCAAAUCUCGUCCGAUUUCAUUCAUGUUUUCGGAGGAUGAUAUUUAAUCAUCCGUAUUUGAUGUGCUUCUGUUUUAUUUUAUUUAUCAGUAACCAAUUUAAAGUUAUCAGUAACCAAUUUAAAGUUAUUUAACAUAUGAACAGACCAGUAUUUUAUUAACUUUCCAGUAUAUUUCCACAAAUAACCGAUGCUUUUGCUUUAAAUUUGCGGAAAAACAUGACUUAUACUUAGGCAUGAUGGGGAUCAUAGUGGCAAGUCUAAACUGAACAUGUAAUUUUUUUUGUCAGCAUACUCCAUUUUCUACCUUUGCUUCGGGCAACAUUGCAUUAUCCUUCAAUUUGUUUUAGAGUGAGCAGAUACACCUUUGUUGUCUUCAGCCAUGAAAGCUUACUGCUUGUGGAGAGGCAUUUCGAAAAGGAAUAACAGGACAGGGCGCUCUAUUGUUAUGCAGCAUACUUAUUUCAACAUUGCGUUACGAGUUUGCUACAUAACAAUACAGAAAUGUAUCUAUAUGCACAGCAUGAAUAAUUAGGGGGUUCCAUUGAGCAUGGUGGUUCCAUUAGCUUGAGAUAGAGAACGGGUUACAAAUGCUUUAUUCUCGAUAUUGUAUUUCGGGAUAGGGACAGAACUUGGUGAGUAACUGUAUUGUAGGUUCACUAAAACGAGGAAGCACGGAAUUGCUUGUUUGUCGAUUUUUAAGCGAAGACAUUGCAUUUUCAAGAGGAUUUGAAAUCUAAAUAAAAGUUGUACGAAUUCGCUCUUGGUCAUGUCUAAUCGAAAUAAUCUAUACCUCUGUCCUUUGCGUAUAUAUGAAGACAACCUAUAAGCUUUCAUUUGCUGAAAACGACGAAGGUGUAUUUGCUUUCUCUAAAACAAAUUGAAGGAUAACGCAAUGUUGCCCGAAAAGGUAGAAAAUGGGAGUAUGCGUACAAGAAAAAUUUACAUGGUCAGUUUAGACUUGCUACUAUGAUCCCCAUCAUGCCUAAGUAUAAGUUAUGUCUCCGCAAAUUUAAAGAAAAAUCGAGAAAAAGCAUCGGUUACUUUUGAAAAUAUAUUGGUAAAUUCAUAAACUACUGGUCUGUUCAUAUGUUUGAAAUCGGUUACCGAUAAAUAAAAUAUAACAGUAGCCAAUCAAAUACGGAUGAUUAAUUAUUAUCAUCCGAAAACAUGAAUGAAAUCGGACGAGAUUUGAGACUACUAGACGUCAAUUUUAUAAUGAGUAAAAUGAAAGAAAUGCUAUAAAGAAUUGCUAACGAGCCUCCCUAAGUUGCGCGCACUGUUUGAGACGGUAUGAGCGGCUACUGAAGACUGCAUGUUUCUAGCUGUGAUGUUUUUUUUACAACACAUUAGAUUUAUUUUUCUAGAGAUAUGUAAAUAGUUAUUUAAUAGCAACAAUUAGUUAUUGAAGUCAAAUAGAACUCAAGCAUAUUGACCUAUUUAAAUGUUUGGAUCAAUAUUUUCUGAACUUAAUGUAUUUUGUCUAAUAUUUUAAAGUAAAAACCACUGGCGUUG